AUGGAACACCUCCCAACAGAAUUAAUUAUAGGAAUAUUCAAGUAUAUUAAAACUCCUAUUUCGCUUAUCCUUGUUAACAAAGAAAUUUGUCAAGUUUGCACCAGUCCUAUAGCAAAAUCAACUUGGGCUUUGACUAAUUUUGGAAAAAGUCACGUGUUAUUCUUUUCCAUUUUACUAGGGAAAACUUUUAUUACAGUUGAUGUUGUAAAAUCUUUAUUAGCAUUAAAAGCAAAUCUAUCCAGAUAUUUUAUUCAAAGAUUAUUAUUACAAUACAGCCAACGCAAUCAAGAUUUGUUAAAAUUACAAGAUAAUAAUUAUUAUUUUCAAGAGAUGGACCGAGAAAAAUUUAAAGCCUAUCAAAAUAAUAUAAAGACUCCAUGGUCAUCUGAAAUAUCUGGACAUGAAAUUGAAAUAAAGGUAGUUAACGGUGGACAUGAAACUGAAAUCAAUGCAGUUCACAGGUAUUCAUAG